AUGGAGGCAUACGAUAAGUCACUUAUCUCCGGCUUCCUUGCUUUUCCGUCCUUCAGGCGUAGGUACGGUGAACCCAGGCUACCGCUUACUGACGCAGUUGGGGAGCAAGACUAUGAGAUCUCGCCCUUGUGGCAGAUGGGUCUUCAAAACGCUGCUGUCGGUUGCGAGAUCAUAGGCCUUCUUGCCCAUGGUUAUAUCUCAUAUGUGAUUGGAUACCGCAAGAUGAUGAUCGUCGCGCUUGUGUGGAUGUGUCUUGCAGUAUUCCCGGCUGUCUUCGCACACAACAUCGCUCUAUUACUUGCCUCGCAAGCUCUCUGUGCGACCUAUGCUGCUGAAGUCGUACCCUCAGUCAUCCGUGCAGCUAUCCUCAGUAAUGUCAAUAUGUGCUGGCUUAUUGGCCAGCUCAUGGGCACUGGAAUACUGCGAGCGCUUAUCAAGAAUGCGUCAGAUUGGUCGUAUCGCCUACCAUUUGCCCUGCAAUGGGCAUGGGCGGUCCCAUUGCUGUUCCUCAUCUACUUCGCCCCCGAAAGUCCCUGUAAGACUCUCCCUACGUGA